AUGUCUAAAAAUUGGAUUGAAAUAUCUCUUUCAAACAAACAUAUUAAAUAUUAUAACUAUAAAGACUUUUUUAACUUUGAAGUAAUUGGCUCUGGAGGCUUCGGAAAGGUUUAUCGAGCAAACUGGAAAAAUCCUCAUAAUCAAAAUUCUGAAAAGUCUGGUUAUAUGUUGGUAAUGGAAUAUGCAAAUAAUGGUACUCUUCGAAGUUAUUUAGAAAAAAAUAUUUACAAUCUCACAUGGAAUGAUAAAUUCAAAAUGGCAUAUCAAUUAGCUUGUGCUGUAUCAUGUUUACAUGAUGAGAAUAUUAUUCAUUGUGAUUUGCACUCCAACAAUGUGUUAAUCCAUCAAAAUAUGAUCAAAUUGGCUGAUUUUGGAUUAUCAAAAAUGAUUGAUGGCCCAAGUGCAUCAGAACAAGGUGGUGUAAUUCCUUAUACUGACCCGAAAAGCUGUCGGCCACCUUUUAAAGAUAAGUCUAAUCAAUUUGUAUUACCGAUUAAGAUUUCGCAAGGUCUUAGAGAAACACCUAUUUCUAAUACACCUAAGGACUAUGAAAAACUUUAUACCGAUUGUUGGAAACAUGAAUCAGAUGAUCGUCCAACUAUCCAAAAUGUAGUUACUAGACUAGAAGCAAUUAUGACGAAAUAUAAUAUAACUGCGAGGUCAACAGAUAUUCAUGAGUUUUUAAAAACAGUUAAAUGA